AUGGCGACGCCGCCGGUGAACGUGAGCGAGGCCAUACAGCUGACAUCUUUGGGCAUCAAUCCGUCGAUGAUUUCCUUCACCAACGUGACGAUGGAAUCGGAAAAGUUUAUUUGCGUCCGGGAAACCGGGACGGCGAACGCGGUGGUGAUUGUCGACGUCGCGUCGCCGUCGCAACCGUUGAAACGACCGAUCACGGCGGAUUCCGCUUUGAUGAAUCCAGAGAAGAGAAUUAUCGCGUUGAAAGCGACCACGGCGGAGGGCGAUGGGAAAGAUCACUUGCAAAUAUUCAACAUCGAGCAGAAGGCGAAAAUGAAGAGUCACCAGAUGGACGAGCCGGUUGUUUUUUGGAAGUGGUUGGAUGCGACAAUGCUAGGGGUGGUGACGAAUACGUCGGUGUAUCACUGGUCGAUGAGUGGGGACUCGACGCCGGAGAAGGUGUUUGAUCGAACGGCAAAUUUGGCGGGAUCUCAAAUUAUUUCGUACAAAGCGAGUCAAGACAUGCAGUGGUUCGCGUUGAUUGGGAUCGCGCCUGGCGAUGCGUCGAGACCGGCAUUAGUUAAAGGGAACAUGCAGCUUUAUUCCGCAGCGCAACAGAGAUCGCAGGCGUUGGAGGCGCACGGCGCGACGUUUGGGACGUUCCACGUGCCCGGGAACGCGAAAGAGAGUCAGAUUGUAGCGUUCGCUCAAAAGACGGUCAAUCCAGGGGACGGGAGCGUGCAGGCGAAGAUGCAUAUCAUCGAGCUCGGGAUGCAACCGGGAAACACGAACGCGUUUCAAAAGUGUCAGACGGAAUUGUUUUUCCCGCCGGAGUUUGCGGACGAUUUCCCGGUGAGCAUGCAAAUCUCGAAAAAAUACGGGUUGAUUUACGCCGUCACGAAAGCCGGUUUGUUGUUCGUGAACGACAUCGAGACUGGGGCCGCGGUGUAUAGGAAUAAGAUUUCGAAUGAUCCGGUGUUUAUCGCGUGUAUUUCGGAAAAGACCGGGGGCAUUUAUUGCGUCAACAGAAGAGGGCAAGUCAUUUUGGCGACCAUUAACGAGAGCGCGGUGGUGCCGUUUGUAUCUCAGCAGUUGAAUAACAUGGAAUUAGCGCUAUCGAUCGCUGGAAGGGCGUCGUUACCUGGCGCAGAGGCAUUGAUUACGCCGAGAUUUGACGCAUUAUUCAACUCUGGCGAUUUCAAAGGCGCCGCCGAGUUAGCUGCGAAAUACGGGUCCUUGAGAACGAUGAACACCAUUCAAAAGUUUCAGCAAGCGCCGCAACAACCGGGUUCAUCUCCUCCAGCGUUGCAAUAUUUCGGCGCUUGUUUGCAAAUGGGCAAGUUGAACAAAAUUGAAUCGGUGGAGUUGACGAAGUUGGUAUUGAGACAGAACAAGAAACAACUCAUCGACCAGUGGUUCGCGGAGGAUAAGUUGGAGGCGAGCGAAGAGUUGGGCGAUGUCAUCUCUCCAGUCGACAGUGACAUGGCUUUGAAGCUAUACUCAAAGGCACAAUCCAAUCCGAAAGUGUGCGCGGAGUUGGCGAAAAGAGGUGAUUUCGAGACGCUCACGGCUUACUGCGAACGCGUGAACUACACGCCAAACUACAUGCACAUGUUGCAAAGUUUGAUGAUGUCGGACCCGCCUUCUGCGGUUUCUUUAGCACAAAGAUGCUCGAAAAUGACGCCACCGCCGCUUGAUAUGCAGGGCGUGGCGGAUUUGUUCUUACAACGCAACAUGAUUCGCGAGGCGACGUCGUUGUUGCUUGACAUCUUGAAGGAUGAUAACGAAGAGCAAGCGGCGUUACAAACGAAGGUUUUGGAAAUCAACUUGGUCACGUACCCGAACGUCGCCGAUGCGAUUUUAGCGCAAGGUAAAUUAUCCCAUUACGAUCGCCCGAGAAUCGCACAAUUGUGCGAAAAGGCCGGUUUGUACGGACGCGCCUUACAACACUACACGGAAUUGAGCGAUUUGAAACGGUGUGUUUCUGCGACGCACGCGAUUGAACCGAACGCGUUGGUGGAAUUUUUCGGUACCUUAUCGAAGGAAUGGGCGUUAGAGUGCUUGAAAGAGCUUUUGAAUGCCAACCUGAAACAAAACUUACAAGUUGCGGUGACCAUUGCCAAAGAGUACACCGAACAACUCGGCGUUCAAGAGAUUAUGUCGUUGUUUCAAGAACGCGACUCGAACGAGGGGUUGUUCUUUUACUUGGGCGCGUUAUUACCAACCUCGGAGAACAAAGAGGUUCACUUUAGAUACAUCGAAGCCGCGUCGAAGGUUCAGCAAAUUAAGGAAGUCGAACGGGUCACGAGAGAGAGUAACUUUUACGACCCGGAACGCGUAAAACUGUUUUUGAUGGAGGCGAAAUUACCGGACGCGAGACCGUUGAUCAACGUGUGCGACCGAUUCGAGUUUAUUUCCGAUUUGACCACCUUCUUAUACAACAGCAACAUGUUGAGGUAUAUCGAAGGGUACGUUCAGAAAGUCAAUCCGAAGAACGCGCCGAAAGUUGUCGGCACGUUGAUCGAUUUAGAGUGCAGCGAAGAGUUCAUCAAGAACUUGAUCUUGUCUGUGCGUUCGUUGUUACCGGUUGGCCCGCUCGUCGAAGAAGUCGAAAAGAGAAACCGUUUAAAAAUGCUCUCGGAGUUUUUGGAGCACUUGGUGAACGAAGGUUCGCAAGAUUCGGAAGUACACAACGCGCUCGGUAAAAUGCUCGUCGAUUCCAACAACAACCCGGAACACUUUUUGAUGACGAACAAAUUUUAUCAACACGCGGUUGUCGGUAAAUAUUGCGAACGACGCGAUCCAAACUUGGCGUGUGUGGCGUAUAGGUUAGGGAACUGCGACGACGAACUCGUCAAAUGCACGAACGUAAAUUCCAUGUUCAAAGUGCAAGCGCGAUACGUGGUUUCGAGAAUGGAACCAGAGUUAUGGGAGAAAGUCUUGACGGACGAAAACCAAUACAGACGCCAAUUGAUCGACCAAGUCGUCUCUACUGCGUUGCCGGAAUCGAAGAACCCAGAGGAAGUUUCCGUGACGGUCAAGGCGUUCAUGACGGCGGAAAUGCCAGAAGAGUUAAUCGAGCUGUUAGAGAAGAUUGUUUUGCAAACCUCCGCGUUUUCAAACAAUCCAAACUUGCAAAACUUGUUGAUUUUGACCGCCAUCAAAGCGGACAAGACGAGAGUGAUGGAAUACGUAAACCGAUUGGACGAUUUCAACGGCCCGGAAGUUGGCGAAAUUGCUGCUGGGAACGAGUUGUACGAAGAAGCGCUGGCGAUUUACAAAAAGUUUAACUUACACGUGGACGCGAUGAACAUUUUGAUCGAGUCUAUCGAAGACAUCGAGAGAGCAAUGGAAUACGCCGAGCGCGUGGAUACGCCAGAGGUGUGGUGCCAGCUCGGUAAAGCGCAACUGUUGCAAGGCGGUAAAGAAGGCGUCAAGGCGGCGAUUAUUUCGUUAAUCAAGGCGAAAGACAUUACCACUUUCGAUGAUGUCGUCGAAGCUGCGAGGAAAUUCGACGAGUACGAAGCCAUGGUGCCGUAUUUGUUGAUGGUGCGAAAGAGUUUGAAAGAUCCGAAAGUAGACACGGAAAUCGUGUACGCGUACGCUCGAACGGAUGAACUCUCCGCGUUGGAAGAUUUUCUUUCCAAACCAAACGCGGCGAAUUUACAAACCGUCGGCGACCGGUGUUUCGAAGAAAACUUGUUGGAAGCUGCCAAGGUAUUAUACACGUCAUUAUCUAACUGGGGUGCGUUAGCUUCUACUUUAGUUCGCUUGCGCCAAUUCCAAGCCGCAGUGGAAGCCGCGCGAAAAGCGAACACGCCCAAGACGUGGAAAGAAGUUUGCUUUGCGUGCGUAGAAGAGGAAGAGUUCAGGCUCGCGCAGUUGUGCGGCUUGAACAUCAUUCUCCAAGCGGACGAAUUAGAAGCACUCUCGGACUUUUACCAACAACGCGGGAACUUUGAGGAGCUCAUUCAGUUGAUGGAAGCCGGCAUCGGUCUCGAUCGCGCGCACAUGGGCAUCUUCACCGAACUCGGUAUUUUGUACGCAUAUCACAAGCGAGACAAAUUACACGAGCACUUGAAGUUAUUUUCGCAGCGCAUCAACAUUCCGAAACUCAUCCGCGUUUGCGAGGACGUUCACGCUUGGGACGAGCUCCGUUUCUUGUUUGUCCAAUACGACGAAUACGACAACGCCGCCGAAGUCAUGAUGAAACACCCAGACGCCUGGGAACACAUCCGCUUCAAAGACGUGUGCGCCAAACUUUCCAACGUGGACGUUUACUACAAAGCGAUCAAGUUCUACCUCUCCGACCAUCCGAAAGAGUUGAACGACCUCCUCGUCGUUUUACAAUCUAGAGUUGACCACGCUCGAGUCGUCGCUUUGAUGCGCAAACUCGAAGCGUUAGCGCUGGUGAAACCAUAUUUAGUCGCGGUUCAACCAGCGAAUUUAGCCGCCGUCAACGACGCCAUUAACGAGCUCGCCAUCGAAGAAGAAGACUUUGAGACUUUGAGAACGUCCAUCGACACGUACGAUAACUGCGACCAGAUUUCCUUAGCCGUCUCUUGCGAAAAGCACGAGUUGAUUGAAUUCCGCAGAAUCGCCAGUCACAUUUACCAACGCAACAAGCGAUGGCGGCAAUCUGUCGCGUUGUCCAAACGGGAUAACUUGUUCAAAGACGCCAUGGAAUGCGCCGCCAAGUCCGGCGAACGCGACAUCGCGGAGGAACUCCUCGAAUUCUUCAUCGAAGAAGGUAAAAAAGAGUGCUUCGCCGCGUGCAUAUGCACGUGUUACGAUUUACUCAAGCCGGAUUACGUCCUCGAAAAAGCUUGGAUGAACGGUCUCUCCGAAUACGUCAUGCCGUACAUGAUCCAAGUCGUUCGAGAAUAUUCCACCAAAGUCGACGAAUUAGUCCAAGAUAAAAUCGACAAACAAAACGAGAGCAAACAGGAAGAGUUGAACAAAGAGAAGGAGCAGAUGCAACAAAAUCUGUACGCGCAACUGAUGCCGGCGGCGUUGCCGGCGCCGCCGAUGGGCGGCGGCGAUCAAUACGGCGGUAUGGGUGGUGCAGACCAGUACGGUGGUGGUGGUGGCAUGGGUGACCAAAACGGGUACGCGCCGCAACCUCAGUACUACUAA